AUGGCUAAUCCACUUGUUGCUUACUCUGAUGACGAAAGCUCGUCUGAUAGUGCAUAUUCUCAGGGGGAAAAGAACCCAGUUGUUGAUGUUGUGCCCAACCUUGGCGAAGAAAGCCAACUCCCAACCAAACCACCUACAUCCUCAUCCAAAUCAGAUCUGCCUCCAUCACCACCACCAAAAGCUACAUCUCCACCACCACAAGUAACCUCUUCACCAUCACCAGUCAAAGAAGCAUCUUUACCUGUCGUUACAGACUCCCCACCACCACCCAUCAUCGAAUCUCCCCCAUCACCUAUCCAAGAAACCCCAUUAUCACCGGUCCAAGAAACCCCACUUUCACCAACCCCAAAAUCUCCCACAACCACUGUCCCACAUAAUCCCCCUCCUACCCCAUCUCACCAAACCACUCCUCAAAAUCCACCACCAUCUCCAACCCAUGAUGAUAUUCUUUUGAGAUCCCUUCACCCUAAAAAACCAAGGCGGCCAAGAAAGCACAUUGCAGUUAAACAGGUUCGUCCACACCGGCCAGUGACAAGGAGUGCGCAUGUGGUCAAACCAACUUAUGAUGCAACAUCUGGGGUGAAGCGUCGGCGAUUGGGUAAGUCUCUUGUUCGUUCAUCAGUCUCUCCAAUGAAUCUUGAUUCUGAAACUGAUGAUGUAUCUGAGGGUAAACAUUCUACUACUCCCCAAUCAAAAUCAAAAUCUGCAAAAAGAAAUGCAGAUAAAUUUCUCAAAGUGGGAAGGAAAAAGUACUUCCAAACAAAAUCAGUGCUUAGGGGUAGAACCUUUCACCCUGAUAUACUUUCAAUGGAUAUAGUGAAGCAGGUUUGUGAACUACUACGGUUUCAGGGAUGGGAGGAGUUAUUCCUUGAACCUAGUUUGAUUUAUGAAAAGGAAGUGGUAGAUUUCUAUACGAACUUGAUAAUCCUAGAAGGAGAUGUGGUGUCGUCUAGUGUAAAGGGGGUUGACAUUGUGUUUGAUGCAACCAAACUCGGGGAAAUCUUGCAUAUACCAUCUGUUGGGAUUAAUGAGUACAAUUGGGGUUUUGAUGAAUAUUCUAGUCUGCCAGCCAAAUUCUCUCAAGGUAGAGUCAAUUCUAGGGCUCAAACUGUUUUAAAGGGAAUAAUGAGAUCUUUGCAUAAGCUUCUUUUCGAGAUAGUUCAUAAGGUAAUACUGCCUAGAGGUCACCAACGUCACAUUGCCUCCAUAAGAGACAUAGGACUUAUCAAUGCAAUUGAGUGCAAAGAGCGAAUUGAUUGGCCCACACUGAUUAUCCAACAUCUUGCUAGAAUUGUGGAUCCUAAGCUAGGCUCUCAUCAGUUAGCUUUUGGAAACUUGUUGACUAGAGUGUUUGAUGCAUUUGAAGUACCAUUGGGAGAACGCAGGAUUUGA